AAAUGCAGCAGGUGCCAUUUUGUUUUAUCAAUGGACGGAGAUGGAUUACGAACUUGCAAGUCCUGGUGUGCUCUGUUCACUUUCAAUCGAGGAACUCUUAACAAAAAUACAAGAGUGGGGCUUAGAUGUCACCGAAGCUGAAGCUCAGCGUUUCAGAGACAAUGAGGUUGAUGGUGACACAGUUGACUGCGGUCUUACUGAGACUAUGGUUGCAUACCUUUUCCAAGCAUCCUUCAAAAAGCAGGUUAAAUUCAACCAAUUUGUGUCAAGGAUGAAGGAAUCUUCAGUGACGCUGACUCUACAGACUCUCUCUCCAGAAGACUGGCAACCAUCUACUUCGUCAACUUCAAUAAGCAAUGAAAAUACUUUGAGACUGCCAGCCUCUUUUGAAAUUCCAAGAUUUCCCAAAAAUCUGCAACUAAAACUGGACAACAAAGAACCGUGCCAUAAAAAUCCAAGGGACAGACACACAAUAAUCAGAGUUCUAUAUGAAGCUGUGGCACAGUAUACUAUGUAUCCCACAAAUUCUGAAUAUGUGCAAGCUGUGAAGACGCUGGUAAUGAAGUAUCCUUUCCUCAAGGAUCGUGAGGGAAAUGGUUAUCACACAUGGCAUAUGUCUUUGAGACGUAAAUUCAAAUCAGAGCGGGCACCACUAGUCGACAGUAAGGCAGUGAGGCGUUGUAAGGAGAAGUUUGGUUCUACGAGGAGAGGGCAGCCUAAUAAAUGUCAACGAACAAGUCAGAGAAAUGUUUGUCAGGGACCAUGCUUCCAAGGAGAGGAUUUAUUAUCCAUAGACGCCCACUUAAAGGUCUUACAGUGCCAAUAUCAGAAGAUGCAACUAGAUACCAUGGUGGUUCAUAACCGUAUGCAGCAAACGUUUGCUUGGCGGCAAAAAGAAAUUGCAGAUGGUAUGCCUGUGGAGGAUGUGUUGAAGAAGUACCCCUUCUUAGGGAUGCCUACUGGUCUGUGCAACGAACUCGGGUGGAUCCAACCAACAACAGCCAGCGAUUUCGUGAAGGGCUCUCAUGUGUUGCAGCAAAGGUGAUUGACCUUACACGAGGGAAAACCCCACUCUACCAGCUCUACCUUGAUGCAAGAGAGGAGGCUCUCACUGAUGACCUACCAGAUCUUGACACAAGGGCUGCACUUUUAUUCCUGCCAUACGUCUUCAAGGAGAAACUGGAUCUCUCUGUCAUACUUGGAGAGGUUCAUCCUAAAACCCCCUAUCCAACUGUUCAGCUACUUCAUGAAGACUGGAAACCAGUGUUCUCCAGAAGCGCUCCAAACAUUGUGAAGUUGGAUGGCAGUGAAGAGUGCAGAACCUCGUGUAUUUUUGAAGGAAUCAUCUCUUCUUUCUGCUUGUAUUUUGUCUUCAACCUUGCUUACCCAAAACAUCUGAAGAACACCCUGAUUUUUCUCCAAAAGUACAUUGUGAAAAUAGAUGAGGGUGAGGACCGGCCUCUGCCAAUCACAGUCACCAGUACAGUUAUCAGAGAGACUUCAGAGUGUUGGUAUUGUUGGAUCAGCAUCUCAAAAGUGGUGCCUGUUCAGAUUGCUGCCAUUUCUGAUGGCAGACCGUGUGCCACCUAAUUGUAAAUAUUGGCAUGUUUUUCUUCUAUGUCGUGAAAUAACAGAGAUUGUAAUGGCUAAAAAAGUGCGAAAAGAGAAUAUUUUAUUGUUGAAGUUGCUUGUCCAUGAGUUUCUCACAAAACUGAAAAGUGUAUUUGGGGAUGUAAUUACACCAAAGUGUCAUUAUUUAAUCCACUAUGCAAGACUGAUUGAAAUGUU